AUGAAUAAAAUUUUACAAAACCACACAGCUCACUCAGGGUCUGUGAACAAGCUGUCCUUUCAUGCUUCAGGCAACUACUUAUUGACAGGGUCUGAUGAUGCCACACUAAAAAUAUUUGAUCUUCUGGAAGGAAGAAUAUUUUAUACACUUCAUGGCCACCAGGGUCCAGUGACUGCAGUUACAUUUUCUACAAGUGGAGAUUACUUUGCUUCUGGUGGACACGAUGAACAGGUGUUGGUGUGGAAAACAAACUUUGAUGUGAUUAGAGAGGAAACUGCUAAAACAAAACGCAGACGAGAUCAGUCGUGUGAACGACCAACUGUAGAAGACAUCCCUCCACGCCAGGAGAAAGUAGUCUCUCCAAGAUUAAAGUCCCAUGACCAUUUGAUUGAUGCAAAACAGCAGCUCUUCAGACUGGAUGAUGUAGCACAUGAUAUCACAAAUGUUAUGCCAGUUUUGAGAAAAUUUGAGAAGGAAAACAAGUCAUCUAACAGAAACACUGAUCUAGAAAACACAGCUAUGCAACCUCUGGGUGUCCAGUUACCUCAGGAACUGACCACCUUUAUGAAGCACGUGGCUGGACAGUUAGAUAUCCUAACCCAGACUGUGUCUUUGAUUGAAGAAAGACUAACGAUUACUGAGAACAAGCUGGCUGAAUGUCUGGAGCAGAAGAAGUCAUUUACUUAA